GCUUUCUAGAGUGUGGGAAGUCAGGGGUUGCACCUGAACUUUCCUAAAAUGUUUUGAUACUUAUCGCUGAGUCAGUAGAGUUCUCCAAUCAGGGACCAUAGUACUAAAAGGAAUGAACUGUCCAAUCGGGAGCACGGAUAGUCGCAGCGUGCGUCCCGGAAGUCUUUUUAAUGCUUUGCUUAGUAACGGGGAUCCUUGUGAGGACCUGUUUUGGGAGACUUUGUGUUCUGCCGACUACAGGCAUCUUUGGAAGGAAACCCAAACACAUCAGAAGCCAGGAAUGGAGCCAGUGACCUUUGAGGAUGUGGCUGUGAACUUUACCUUAGAAGAGUGGGCUUUAUUGGAUUCUAGUCAAAAGAAGCUCUACAGUACUGUGAUGAAGGAAACAUUUUUGAACCUGAUCUCCAUAGAGAAAGCACUAGAAGAAAAGACUGAAGAGGACUACAAAGAUCUCAGCAGAAAUAUGGGUCUCAUCAUAAAGCCAAGCCAGGGCAGGGACUCAAGCAUGGCAGGAACCUGGAGGCAGGAACUGAAGCAGAGAAUUCGGGUGAUUGAGAAAGACUGUGAAUAUGAAUGUGAUAGUAACUGUGAUAAAAACCAGGAAUCUAUUCCAGAGAAUAUUGUCAAUAAAGAUAUACCUCCUGGAGUAAGAGUUCAUGAAAGCCCAUUGCAUGUAAGAAAUGUCAUUAGUUAUUCAUCCUCACAUGGAUAUCUCAGAGACCAAACUAGAGGAAUACUAUCUCUAUAUAAGGAAGCUAUGAGAAAGGCUUUUCCACAUCAGAAACAGUGGAAAGAUAUCAGUCAUUUUGAAUCACUUCAGGUACUUGAAACUCCUAAACAGAAACCCUAUAAAAACCAAAAAUGUCAUGAAACCUCUAGGAGUCUCCCUUUUGAUCAGCCUCAGAAGAGAACUCACACUGGAGAUAAACUCAAAGAGAGUGACUUAACAAGAGACACAUAUGGCCAAAAUAAUGAAGGAAUCCAUAAAGAAGUAAAACCUUUUGUAUGUAAACUCUGUGAAGAAUCCUUCAUUGAUUCCAAUGAUCUUAUCAACCAUGAAAAAAGUCAUAUUGGAGAGAAAAGGUACAUUUGUAGGCAACAUGGCAAAACAUUUAAUUAUGCAAAAUGUUUUGAAAACCAUGAAGUAAUUCACAAAGGAGAGAAGCCUUAUGCUGAUAAACAUUUUGGAAAAGCCUUCACACAGUUCAGUUAUCAUAAUAGUCAUGAAAGCAGUCACAUUAGACAGAAGCCUUAUGCAUGCAAGCAUUGUGGGAAAGCAUUCACCAGUUCCACUUACCGAAACAUCCAUGAAAGAAUUCAUACUGGAGAAAAGCCUUAUGUGUGUAAGUAUUGUGGAAAAGCCUUCACCAGUUCUGCUCAUCGUAAUAUUCAUGAAAGAAUUCACAGUGGAGAAAAACCUUAUCCAUGUAGACAUUGCGAAAAAGCCUUCAGUGACUUAAGUCGUCGUAACAGACAUGAACGGAGUCACACUGGAGAGAAUCCUUAUGCAUGUAGGCAUUGUGAAAAAGCCUUCAGCGACUCCAGUCGUCGGAACAGACAUGAAAGGAUUCACACUGGAGAGAAGCCCUAUACAUGUAAGCAUUGUGGAAAAACUUUUACCAAUUUCACUUCAUGUAAAGUUCAUGAAAGAAUUCACACUGGAGAGAAGCCUUAUGCCUGUAAGCAUUGUGGAAAAGCAUUUACCUGCUUCAGUCAGAUGAAUGUUCAUGAAAGGGUUCACAGUGAAGAGAAGCCUUAUGCAUGUCAACAUUGUGGAAAAACCUUCAAAACUACUGCUUGUCGAAACUUGCAUGAAAAAAUUCACACUGGAGAGAAAGACUUUGUCUGUAAAACAUGUGGGAAACUGUUUAUUCAGUCUAGUGAUCUUAAGAAGCAUGAAAGAGUUCACUCAAAAGACAAACCUUAUACAUGUAAGCAUUGUAGAAAAGCUUUCAGUGACUCCAGUAGUUGUUGCAGACAUGAAAGGCGUCACACUGGAGAGAAACCUUAGAUAUGUAAGCCUUGUUGAAAAACCAAUUUCUGUUUGUAUAAGGCUCUUGAAAUAGUCCACACUGAAGCGAAACCUUAUGCAUAUAAGCAUUGUGGAAAAGCAUUUACCCACUCCAGUCAUCUGAACAUUCAUGAAAUGAUUCACACUGGACAGAAGCCAAAUGCAUGUAAACAUUGUGGAAAAACCUUCAAUACUUCUACUUGGUGUAACUUGCAUGAAAAAAAAUCACUCUGGAGUCAAACCCUUUGUGUGUAAAACGUGGGAAACUUCAUUCAGUCCAGUGAUUUUAACAAGCAUGAAAUAGUUAACUCAAAAGACAAGCCUUAGGCAUGUAAGGGUGUGGAAAAGGCUUCAGUUGCUCUGGUGAUCUUAACAGACAUGAAAUGUUGUUCAUGUCUGUUAAGCUUCACACUAGUUGGUAGCCUAAUGCUGGUAACCUUCACUAUUUCUGGUUGGCACAAAAGUAAUAAAAACAUUCACACUGGAGAGAAAUCCUUUGUUUGUAAACAUUUGAAAAACUAUUUCUUUGUUCUUGUCAUUUUAUCCAGCAUAAAAGAUCUCACACUGUUGAGGAACCUUAUCAUCCUCAGCAGUGUGGGAAAGCCUUCACCCCUUACAGUUCCUGUAACCCCUCAUGCAAGAAUUUACAUCUGAAAGAGGCCUAGUGCGGGUGUGCAUUUAAAUAUUGUGCAAAAACCUUCAUCAGUUGCCAAGAUGUUCUUGAGAAUUCACCCUGAAGAUGGGCCUUAUGUGCAUAACCAUGUGGAAAAUCCUUUAGAAGCUCAAAUACUCAUUUUUCCCCCCACUGGUGUAAGUCAUUAUGUUUGGAGUAAAUGUCCAAAAAUAUGUAAAGUUUUUAGAAACCUUGUCUUUUUAAAUAAUCUGUUCCUGAAUUUCUGUGUUUCAAAUCCAUGUUUAAACCAAAAUGUUCUCACAGCGAUAACUGCAGUGUGUAGAACUCUUACUUACUACUAUUAACUGUGUGACAGUGCACUCGUCAAAUUCUUGUGAGGUAUGAAAAAAAGAAUGUGGUUGAACCAUGAGAUGUAAUAGUUGGUAAUGGUUCUCGCCAGAAAAUGUGAUUAUCUCAGUUACCUUCGUGAAUCUUACCUGGUGGAAAUGGAGACCCACUUCCCAAAAGUUGUCUCCUGAGAAUCACAUGUACACAUCCUAAUGAACAGAGAGUAAGAGAUGGAAAUGAGUAAAGAAAUAAUGACAUUUUCAUAAGAGCAGAGACAUAACUAACAAACACAAUAUUUUAAUGAGAAAAGAAACAGAUUGUGAGACUUGCAAAAGUGUAAUUUUAAUGCCCAAUAUUUUACUAUAUAUAGUUUGAAAACCACUUGCAGUAUGAGCAAUAAUACCUUUUUUUGGUGGUGUUUUUGUUUUUUUGUUUUUUUUUUUUUUCUUUAGCUGGCUAAGGCAGCAGCAGCUUUGAAAACAGCUGUAGUGGUUAUAUACUUGAGAAUGGCCCAGUAGGCUAAUAAGUGCUCCCAUUGGUGGGCCUGUUUGAGGACAAUAAGAAGGUAUGGCCUGUUGAUGAAUAUCUGUCAUCUAGACAGCUUUUGAGAUUUCCAAAGACAUUGGUACUCCUUGUGUUGUCUCUCUGCCUCCUGGUUAUGGAUUAUCAUGUGAGCUCUCACUUGUUCCUACCACCAUGCCUAUGCUCCGCCAUCACAGCCUCUAACCUUCUGCAAUUAUAAGCCCAAUAUGACAAAUCAUGUUAAAAGUUCCUUCACUAUUUCUGAUGUGUCACAGCUAUAGAAAAGAAACUUAGACAACCACCUUGAGGCUUUAAGAAGAACCAAUUCCAGUCAAAAAAAUUUAUUGCAAACUUGUGAAAAAGCUGGGUGUCAUUUAAAAUGAGAUAAAAGUUGUGAAACUUUUUCAUAUACUUGAAUCUUAUAUCAGAAAUAAAUACUUUCUGGAAGUUAUUCCAGGAAUUUCAGAAAAAAAAGUUUAAAAGAAGUACAUUAAAAUUUUGAACAUUUUUAUUAUUGGCUCAUUCCUAUACAGGAGAUUUACUUUGAAUUGUUUUAUUAGGAAGGCAAGGCAUGGUUUCUGUGGUUACUCCAGGUUAUCUUCUCACAUCUGAAGAUUUGGAGCUAGGAAGCACAAAGACAGAAGAGAAGAGAGAUUUAUCUUUCUGAGUCUGGGUUAGCACACUCAUUUUCUAUUUGAUUCCAUCUACCAAACAGUUUUUCGAUUUAGGAAUUCUUUGUGCCUGAAUAGUAAAGGGAAUACCUCGAUGUGGCUGACAUGAGGGGCCACAUGUGAAAACUUUGGAGGAAGAGAUUUCUAAUUAGGGAUGAAUUGAAGACAGUCAAUACAGGAGAGAAAUGAGGGACAAAUACCAUUGUUUUUUGGUAAUGGUUAAGAAGUAGUUAUUUUGUAAACACCCAAAAUUUUAUACCAUACAUAGUGUGAAUAGUAAAUAUAUCUAUUAUAGAAAAAAUAAUGAUAUAUAAUAUAUAAUAAAGGUGUGAAUACAAGAUUAUGUACACUCAUGGAUAAACACAGAUACAUAUUAAAUGAGAUUAUGUCACUUGGCUUGACAGUCCCUACCCCCAAGAAUCCCAGUCAAAAAAAUUUAUUGCAAACUGUGAAAAAGCUGGGUGUCAUUUAAAAUGAGAUAAAAGUUGUGAAACUUUUUCAUAUACUUGAAUCUUAUAUCAGAAAUAAAUACUUUCUGGAAGUUAUUCCAGGAAUUUCAGGGGAAAAAAAGUUUAAAAGAAGUACAUUAAAAUUUUGAACAUUUUUAUUAUUGGCUCAUUCCUAUACAGGAGAUUUACUUUGAAUUGUUUUAUUAGGAAGGCAAGGCAUGGUUUCUGGGGUUACUCCAGGUUAUCUUCUCACAUCUGAAGAUUUGGAGAUAAUAAUAAUAAUAAUUUUAUUAUUACAUUAAUAAAAACAAUAGUACUAGGCAUGAGGAAUCUCCAUUUGUGUAUUUCAUGAUAGUCUAUGUAAUUCCUCAAGUAAUUUAACAUAUGACUCUUUCCUUUGGUCAUAUCUGAGAGGUUGAAGGUAAGUCGUAUUUGCCAAACCAUCCCACAAUUUGGAUGUAGGACUGGGAAGGGUUAAUCUGGAUCUAACACCAAAACCACUUUCAUUAGUCUGUCAUAGUAAUAGAUACAGUGCAAUUUGGCAAGUGGGAGAAGUAGCCAAUAGGCCUCCCAGCUGUGACUUCUGUUGUGAUUUAGAUGAGAAUCCCCCCACCCCCCAUAGAUUCCUAUAUUUUAAUGCUUGGUUACCAGUUGGUGGCAUUGUUGGGAAGGAUUAGAAGAUGUGGCCUAGUUGCAGAGGGUUAGUUACUGGGGUUGCUUUAAGAUUUCAGUGCUGACACUGUUCCAAGUUAGCUCUUUCUCUCUGCCUCCAACUUCUACAUCAUGAUGUAAGCUCUUAGCUAGUGUCCAUUACUAUGCUUGCCUGCCUGCUGCCACAUUACCUGUAAUAAUAAUCCAGGGCUGUAACUUUUGGAAACAUGAGUGCCAAGAAGUGUUUCCUUUCAUAAGUUUUGGUCAUGAGGUCUCUUUGCAACAAUAGGAAAGUUACUAA